AUGCUACAAAAGGCUGAGGCAGUGGGAAGUCUAUCUAGUGUUCCCAUUGGGAAAGGUCCCCAAAGAGUAAGCCACUUGUUCUUUGCUGAUGACAGCAUGAUUUUUUGCAAGUCAAAUUCUCUGGAGUGGAGUAGGCUGAUGAGAAUUCUAAGUAUCUAUGAGAGGGCCUCGGGUCAGGUGCUUAACAAGGAGAAAUCUUCCAUUUUCUUCAGUAAAAACACUCCUCUAGACAAUCAGCACAUCAUAUUGAGUAUUGCUGGAGUCAAGUCAACGGGUUCCUUUGACAAGUAUUUGGGGCUUCCUGCAAUGGUGGGUAGAUCCAAAACUACUGCAUUCCAUAGUCUUAUUGAUAGGACUUGGUCUAAGAUAACAAACUGGAAGACAAAGUGCCUCUCAACAGCUGGCAAAGAGGUACUUAUUAAAUCAGUGUUGUAG